GGUGUCUGUUUGCAUUAGCAACUCAUGCCUAUAAUGUGACAGUUAGUACUGUUAUGGCUAAUGGAAUAAUUACGAAUGCAAGCUAUAGUGGUCCAAAUUCUUUGUAUAAUGGAGGACCUAAUUGCCAUGUGUAUUACGACUCAAGUGCAGGUUACAGUCUUUAUUAUAAUAGUCCUUGUGAUUUAGGAUGUGCACCAUGUGGCCAACUGCAAACUCUUGCUACUUGUGAAACACAUUGGGUUUAUACAUCUCCAUUUAAUGAAAAUCUACUAGCUUCUACUUUAUCUCAAAUGCCUUCUAAUCUUGCAAAUAAUAUUGGAGUCGUUGCAUAUUCUCCCGAAAUACCAGGAAACAUUAUUUGUCCUGAUGGUGGUACUAUUUGUAUAUCGUGGGUACAACAAAUGGCUAGUUUUCAUAUUGAUCUUUAUAGUUUUGGUGAUGGAUGUGACAUAUACGGCGGUGCACAUCAAAUAUGGACUCCCUUCGCAGGUGGUUCCUUCCAGCAUAAAACAACUAUUCCAAAUACUGGUUCAUCAGGACCACCGCCAGUCAAACCUCCUACUGGUCCUACAUGCUAUUCUGGAUUCUAUGGUUCUGGAAACGGGCAAGGAAGUGCAGGAGAUUGUUGUCAAUCAGACAAUGAUUGUCGUAAUGUUUGUAACAGUGGUAGAUGCGAUGGAUCUAACGCAACUCCUGGCCUGUCUUGUGCAGGUGGAAGCUCCGGAUCUGGUAACGGAGACGGUAGUAGUGGUGCAUGUUGUGUUUCAAGUAAUGAUUGUAUAGAUACUUGUACAAAUAAUGUGUGUGGUAACGGUGACGGUAGUAGCAACGGUAGUAGUUCUUGUUCAGGAGGUAACCCGGGUGCUGGAAAUGGAAACGGUGCGAGUGCAAAACCACUAGCGUAA